AUGGCCUCGUUGAAUUUGUCCAUCAAUGGACCCUCGAUAAAAAGCAGCUACAAUGCAGUUGUCAACGGACCUUUACCAGCUAUUGCCUCCGCCACAUAUGCCCAAUGGGCCCUUUUUUCUGUGCAAGCCCCAUUGCUGAAUGCUUUCCAAGAUGGCGGCUCUAAAGAGAGUAUUCUCAAGGUCGAGAGUACUGGAGAUGGUGAACUAGCUGAUCUGAUUGAAGACUUCAACGAGGGUCGGAUUCAAUUCGCAUUUGUCAGAGUAAAAGAUCCCAACACCGCUCUUCCCAAGAAUGUGCUCAUUGCCUGGUGCGGUGGUGGAGUCCCUGAACGCACGAAAGGCUAUUUCACCAGCCAUACGGCCACGGUAGCCAAAGUCCUCCACGGAUACCACGUUCAGAUCAACGCCCGCUCCGCUAACGACCUUGAUCCGGAGGCCAUCAUGCAAAAGGUUGCCGAUGCUUCCGGCGCUAAAUACUCUGCUGGUGGCUCUGACGGCUUCGCGCGCACAGCACCUCCGCCUGUCAAGUCUAAGCCCGUAUUUACCCCAACAUCUUCGGGUAGCGGCAGAGUGAUCGAUCCUCUGAUUGCUGCUCGGUCUCGGAGAGACGAAGCUGUCGACGAAGACGGGUGGGGUGCUGACGCCCCUCCCGUCACCAGAACUCAAGUCGAAAAGGUGGAAUCUGCGUAUAAGCCUGUCAAGGUGAAUAUGGCAGAGCUCACCAAGCAGAAACCCGAGCCAUCCCGAUUCAAUACCACCAGCCGGGAGGCCGAUGGAGCUACUGACGUCGUCAAGGGUGGUUAUCAACCUGUAGGCAAAGUGGACAUUGCUGCUAUUCGAGCUGCCGCCGCAAAGAACAGCACGGAUGACCGACCUACACCGGUAAAAGGAGCGUAUGAACCAGUUGGGAAAGUUGAUAUCGCUGCCAUAAAGGCUAGAGCUCAGAAGCCAGCUUUGGACAGACAAGAGGAAACCGCGGCAGACCCCAAACCAUUUGCUGAGCGAGCUGCUUCCUUUUCUCAGCCUGCCCAGUCUGAGCGUAUCACGGCGAUGCCGAAGCCGAAGGUGGCCAACAAGUUUGGAGGCGCCUCUACGUUUACAGGUACCAAGGCGCCAACGCCAGGUGGGCUGGGCUUUGGAGCUCCUCCUGCUCCUGCUGCCGCUCCAGUAGGUGCUGCCAGCCGAACAUUUGCAGACCAGAGUGGCAAAACUCCUGCGCAACUUUGGGCAGAGAAGAAAGCCCGCGAAAGGGGCUCAGACGUUGGCUCCGCCUCGUCAUCUCCAGCAGCACCACCAGUCACGGCUCAGAAAAGUGGAGGAGAAGGCUGGAAGAGCGGAUACACGGGGAAGUCGUGGGCGCCUGUGCAAGCGCCGGGUUAUUCUCGCGAAGGCAACGUCGAUGCGAACUCGCAACAGAAUACUGGAGACUCUCAAAGAGGGGCCAAUGAAGAUGCCGCGGAUGGUUCAGGGGGAGUAUCUGCCCUCAAAGAUCGCUUCAGGGAUGCCUCGCUCAUUGGCUCAGCACCGUCGGCGCCUUCCACUCGCUCCAACGCGGAGGAUUUCUCGUCUCCCCCUCCCGUCCCGGCCAGCUCGCGUCCAUCUGGCGGCUUCGCGCUACCGGGUCUUCCCAGCAGGCCCGCGCCAGCUGACGAAAGAGCAGAGGAAGGAGAGGCUGAUUAUUCCGCGUACGAGACCGCCGCCGAGCACCGCGAACCAUCACCAAUCCGAGUGGCUGCUCCAGUUGCCCACGCCCCUGAACCCGAGCCCGAAGCACGGCCGGAGCCGGUUCACGAGCCCGAGCCCGAGCCCGAGCCACCGCGACGAGCUUUGCCGCCUGUUUCAGCCGCUCCAGAGCCAGAUCCUCCAGCUCCUGCAGCUGCCAGAGCGGCGCAGCCUGAGCGUGAGCCCGACCACGGAGCCGUGAGCCAUGACGCGGCAGGUGGUCACCAAGCAAUUGUCAUGUACGACUAUGAAAAGGCGGAGGACAACGAGAUUGACCUAGUUGAAGGCCAGCAUGUCACCAACAUUGACAUGGUAGACGAAGAUUGGUGGAUGGGGACGAAUCACUUGGGAGAGACGGGCUUGUUCCCCAGCAACUACGUUGAACUUGCGAGCGAAGAAGUGGCUCACACGGCCACGGCUCCCGCUCCCGCUCCCGCUCCAGCUCCUACAUCCUCUGCGCCCGAGUCCGCUUCUCGCAGUGGCCCGAGCGCGCCGGCGGUAGCAGGACCAACUGCUACUGCUCUUUAUGACUACGAGGCUGCUGAAGAUAACGAACUCUCUUUCCCUGAAGACGCCAAAAUCACCAACCUUGAAUUUCCCGACGACGAUUGGUGGUUUGGUCACUUUAAUGGACAGGCAGGACUCUUCCCAUCCAACUACGUGCAGUUGGAUUCUUGA